AUGGCCUGCCUUCCCUUCCCGAGCCAGGAGUAUGUGCCCGUCGCCGAGUUUUACGCCGAGAAGUCUAUAUUUGUCACGGGGGGCACGGGAUUCAUGGGAAAGGUGUUAGUCGAGAAACUGUUGCGAAGCUGUCCCAAAAUAAAGAACAUAUAUUUGUUGAUGAGGCCUAAACGGGGUCAGGAUGUGGCGUCACGGCUUAGCGAACUUACACAGUCACCGUUAUUCGAGACAUUAAGAAGAGAGAGACCGCAGGAGUUGACCAAAAUAGUUCCGAUAGUGGGGGACAUUACGGAGCCGGAGUUGGGCAUCAGCGCUGCCGAUCAAACCAUGCUGUGUCAAAAGGUGUCAAUAGUUUUCCAUUCGGCUGCAACUGUCAAGUUUGAUGAGAAGCUGAAGCUAUCGGUAACCAUCAAUAUGCUGGGAACUCAACAGUUGGUUCAGCUGUGUCAUCGUAUGCUAGCUUUGGAAGCCCUAGUACACGUUUCAACAGCGUACUGCAACUGCGAGCGCGAAGCAGUCGAGGAGAGAGUGUACGCGCCUCCAGCACACCCGGAACACGUUGUCACACUGGUGCAGACGCUGCCAGAUGACCUGGUCGAUAGGAUCACGCCAGAUCUAGUCGGUGACAGACCAAAUACAUAUACAUUUACUAAAGCAUUGGCGGAAGACAUGCUUAUCAAGGAAUGCGGGAAUCUGCCGGUUGCCAUCGUCAGACCUUCGAUUGUGCUGUCCUCUGUCAAAGAGCCCGUGAAAGGAUGGGUGGACAACUGGAAUGGUCCCAACGGGAUAAUUGCGGCGGUUGGAAAGGGUGUCUUCAGGUCUAUGUUGGGCACUGGGAAUAAGGUGGCAGACCUGGUUCCAGUGGAUACUGUGAUUAAUCUGAUGAUAGUCUGCGCUUGGAGGACGCAUUUGAGACGUGGCGAAGGGGUAGUGGUGUAUAACUGUUGUACCGGACAACAGAAUCCCAUCACGUGGCGUCGCUUUGUCAAGACCAGCUUUAAAUACAUGAGAAAACAUCCUUUUAGUGGCCUAGUGUGGUACCCUGGAGGAGACAUCACGAACAAUCGUCUCAAACAUCGGAUUCUGAUGUUACUUCAGCAUCGGGCACCGGCAGCUCUCUUUGAUAUCCUCACUGCUGUCACGGGAAAUAAACCUUCAAUGAUGCGCGUUCAAAGCAAAUUAGAAAAGGCCUCGUCCUGCUUAGAGUAUUUCACCACGCGGCAAUGGGCCUUCAGCGACGACAACGUGAAGGCUCUCUGCACCUAUCUCUCGCCUCAGGAUAGGACCACUUUCGACUUCGACGUCAGCAAGAUCGACUGGGACGCGUAUAUCGAGUCGUACGUUUUGGGGAUCCGGAGGUUUCUCUUCAAGGAGAGCCCCGAAACGUUGCCAAAGUCGCGAGCUAUUUUAUGGCGGUUACACAUAGUUCAUACUUUAACCAAAGUGGCGACAGUUUUCAUCCUUUGGCGAUUUUUGUUCAGCCGCUCGAAUGCUCUUCGAACGCUUUGGCAUCGAAUCUGGGACUUAUUAUCUAGAAUUGCCCGCCUCCUACCGAUCGCCUGA